AUGGAUAUAGAAUAUGGAGGAGCUCGAGAUUUUGAAAAAUAUAUUUGUAAUAAGGAGGAGAAGAUUCCUCUAUCUUAUAAUAAAAAAUAUCUUGCCGAAAUAGAAGAAAGUCAUAAGAAAUGUAAGAAUGAUUCAUUAUUAUUUAGGAAUUGUAAUUUUUAUAUUGAUGAUUUUGUAAGUUUUUUCUCUAUAUGUAAUACAUUAGACAAUUCUAAUAAAGAAACGAAAUGUAUAUAUAGGAGUGAAAAAGAUUCAAUGGAGGAUUCAAAAGAAUUAAACAAUUAUAUGAAUAACAAUAGUAUUAAUAAAACAACGUUAGGUAAGUUUAAUAUGGAAAGUAAAAUGGAAUAUAAUUAUACUUGUAUUAACGAACAUAAUAAUAAUAAUUAUUAUAUAAGUAAGAUACAUAAUGAUUCUGUUUUUAAAUAUCAAGAUAUGGAUAGAACACCUAUGAAAAAUAACAUAGAUAAUAAUAAUAAUAAUAAUAAUAAUAAUAAUGAUAAUGAUAAUACAUAUUUGUAUGAUAAUUAUCUAGAAGACCAAUUUAAUCAAACCAUAAGAAAUCGAUAUAGUUGUACUCCCAAUGAUCAAAUAAGCACUUGUACAAAAAGUUUUAAUACAUGUAUAAAAACAUAUGAAGAACAAGAUUCUUCAAGUUGUAAAAAGAAUGUAUAUAAUUCUUAUAUUAACAAAAAAGAGAAUCUUGAAAUAUUAAUAGUUCAAAACGGAGGGGUAAUACAUAAUACUUUGACCAGCAAAGUAACCCACAUUAUUAGUAAUAAUAUGGCUUUAGGUUCUAAGAAAUAUAUGGAUUAUAAAAAAGCUAUAAAAAAAUCUAAAGUCUUCAUAGUUGUAGAUAAAUAUAUUUUCGAUUGUGUAAACAUGCAAUGUCGUUUACCUGAACAAUCAUAUCUGCCUUCCAUGUUACGUUACAAUUGUCAUCAAAUAACCGAAUAUUUUUCCUUAAGAAAAAAAGAUAAGGAACAAAACAAAAAAAUGCAAAACAAAAAAAUACAAAACAAAAAAAAUAAUGAUCAAAAUUUUUUGAAGGAACAUGAAGAAGGUGAACAAAAUAAUGUAACCAUUUUAGAUACCUCAAAAUGUGAUAAACAAUUAAAUGAUUAUUAUGUAGAGAAAAAAUUAAGUACUUGUCAUAAUAAGACAAGUGUUAAUAAUACUUUAAAUAAAACUUAUAUGUAUGGAACAAAAGAUGACAAUAAUUUAUUAAUACAAAAAGGUAUAGGGACCAAUGAAAAUUUGAAUUAUAUAAACGAGCAAAAAGUCCCUGAAGAAAAUAAUAAUGAAGAAAAAAAAGAAAACACUACUAAUAAUGAUAAUGUAAAUAAACACCUAGAAAUAUUAAAUAUGAAUAUGGAUUAUGAGCAUGUAAAGAAAUUUAUAAUAUGUAAUUCGAAUGAAUAUUUCAAAAGGUUACAAGAAUAUUAUUUGGAAAAAGAGUUAAAAGAAAAUAUAUAUUCUAACGUUUCAUCAAAUUUAUAUUUAAAUAAAAACACAUUUGAGGACUUUUCUAGGAAAUACAGAAUAUUAAAUUAUUUAAGUGAUGAAGAAAUUAAAUGGUUAAAAUGUAAAAGUGAAUUAAAUAUAAAUAUAAAAAAUCUUUGGGAAAAUGAUAUAAUUCAUUUUUUCUUUGAUUUAGUCUUAAGAAAAAAAGAACAUUUCAAAAACAAUACUGUUGGUAAUAAUAACAAUAAUAUUGGUAAUAAUAAUAAUAAUAAUAUUGGCAAUAAUAAUAAUAUUGGUAAUAAUAAUAAUAAUAAUAUUGGCAAUAAUAAUAAUAUUGGCAAUAACAAUAAUAUUGGCAAUAACAGUAAUAUUGGCAAUAACAAUAAUAUUGGCAAUAACAAUAAUAUUGGCAAUAACAAUAAUAUUGGCAAUAACAAUAAUAUUGGCAAUAACAAUAAUAUUGGCAAUAACAAUAAUAUUGGCAAUAACAAUAAUAUUGGCAAUAACAAUAAUAUUGGCAAUAACAAUAAUAUUGGCAAUAACAAUAAUAUUGGCAAUAACAAUAAUAUUGGCAAUAACAAUAAUAUUGGUAAUAAUAAUAAUACAGAAUCCUAUAGAGAUAUAAACAAAUCGAGCAGUUAUAUAUCUGAAAAUUUAAUAGAGAGUAUUAGCGCUUAUCUAUACAAUUCUCGACUAUACAUUUUAGGUAAUUGGAAUUAUAUAUCUAAAGAAUUAUUUAAUUUUGAUGAUAUAAAAGAAUAUGAGAAAGGAUCGAAGAAAUUUGUUUACUUAUAUAUCGAUUUUGACAAUUACUUUUUAAAUGCAAGUAUAAGAAAUAAAAUUUGUAUGUAUGAGAAAAAGAAAUCGAUGAAUAAUGAAAUAUUUUGUGUAUGUCAUAGUUUAAAAAAGGAAGAUAGUUAUGGUAUUAUUAGUUCAACAAAUUAUUGGGGGAAAAAGAAUAAAAUAGUUAAAGGUAUGGUCAAAGGGGAAGCUACAAAAAUGAAUAAGAAUAUAAAUUUUGUAAAAUAUGAUUUUAGUAAUAUAUUAAAAUGUAGUUAUUUAUUUUUAUUAGUAUUAAUAAAUUAUUCUAAAAAUGUUCGUGUAUUAUCAGUAGACGAAUCAAUACUUCAACUAUUUUAUGAAAAAGAAGAAGAGAUUUUCAUAAUAUCCAAAAAAAUUUCUGAUGAUAUUUAUAGACUAACUAAUUUAAGUGUAUCCAUAGGAAUUUCUCAUGAUUUAAAUACAUCAAGAAAGGCUUUAAAGUUUUGUAAAAAGCGUUUUAUGUUUUUUGAUUUUUAUCACCAUUUUAAUAUUUUUAUAAAGAAGUAUAUUAACUUAAAAAAUAAGGAAAGUAACGUAACAACAGAAGCUUCCCAUGAUGAUAAUAUAAAAAGCAAUAGUAUAUUAGAUGAUAAAAUUAUUAAUAGCAAAUUAAAACAUAUGAUAGAGCAAAAUAAAAAUGUAAAUGGUGGUAAUAAUACGGAUGAUUAUACAAUAAAUUUGAUGAGUGAUGAUAUACUUAAGGAUUUAUUUAAGGAAUAUCUUUCCUUUGAAGAAAAAAGGAAAAGUGAAUUAAAAUAUAAUGAAAAUAAUAAAGACAAAUACAACAUGAAUAUGGAUAAUAUAUAUUUUAUGAAUCUUAUAAAAGGAAAGAGAGAAAAAGAAGUUGAAUAUAUUUAUAAUAAAUUCCUUCAAAUGAAUAAAGAAAAUAUUGAACAAAUCGUAAAUACAUAUUUUGAAGAAGUAAUUCAUCCAGUGAGUACAUAUUUUUUUUUUUAUAAACCAAAUGAAUAUUAUUUUAAUAUUUUAAAAAAUAUGAAUUAUUUAAAUGGAUAUUUUAUUUCAUUUAAUAUGUAUUAUCUUCCACAUAUUGAAAAUGAUAGUAACAAUGAUCAUCAUAGUAAGAAUAAUUGGUUAAAUAAUAAAAUGGAUAGAAAUAUAAAUAAAAAAGAAUUAGAAAACAACGAUGAAAAGAAAAGUAUCAAUAUUAGUGUUAAUUAUGGUGUGAGAUUUAAUAAAAUAAACGACUUUUAUUAUCUCAUAUAUUUUAUGACCAAGCAGUUGUAUUUACGUUUAAAAAUAAAGAAUUUGAAAGCCAAACUUUUACAUGUAAACUUUUUUAUCAAAGCCCAAAAUGAAAAUGUAAAUCCUAUGAAAUAUCUAGGUAGAGGAAGAGUUAUUAGAAUAAGUAGUAAAAUUAAAUUAAAUCAACAUACCAAUUGUUUUUUUGUAUAUUUUUUUAAAGUUAUACAUACAUUUGAUUUCUUAGCAAAUAAUUUAAGUGAUUUAAGAGGUGUUCAAAUUAUUUGUUCAGAUACCAUUAAUGAAAACAAAACUCAUGUUAAUAAAAAAAGUAUUUUAUAUUAUUUCUACAUAAAUAGAGAAAAAAAUAUUAAAAACAAGAAAAACUGUAAAUAUGUAGCAAGUUGGAAAGAUGACAAUUUUUUAGAAAUACCACAAAAAGUGAAUGAUAAUGAUCAGGUGGAAGAAAACGUAAAAGAUCCACAUCAAAUAAAUGAAAAUAAAAUACAUCUACAUAAUAUAAUGUUAUCAUCACAAAAGAAAAAUGAAACAAACAAAAAAGAAAUGAAUGGGAGAAUAUCAAAAAAUAAUAUAAAUAGUUCAAGUAUAUUAAGUUACAUAAAAGAUAAAAAUAAAGGCACUAACAUAUUAACAACUGAAAUUAAUUGGACACAUAAUAAUAAUAAUAAUAAUAAUAAUAAUAAUAAUACAUAUAGUAAAAAUGAAAUUCAUAAAACUGUAAGAAAAGGAACAAGUACAAGUACCAAAAAAAAAAAAAUAAAAAAAAAAAUAAAUACACAUAUACGUUAUGAUAAAAAUACAAGGAAUAAUAAAUUAUAUCAUUAUGAAUAUAAACAAAAUAUUCUAAAUUAUUUUGUACAUAAUAAUCAUAAUAGUAAUAAGACUCAGAAUCUAAUACAUAAGAAGGAAAAUAAUUUUCAAAAUAAUCAAAAUGUUUCUUUAUGUUCUUCAUCAAAAACUAUAAAUAAAGGUUUCAAAAGGAAAUGUAACAUUCUAAGAAGUAAUGCUAAUUUUUUAAAUAUAAGAAAAAAAAUAAAAAUUACGAAGAAUUAUAAAAUAUCUGACUUUUUCCCAAGUAUAUUAAAAAAAAAUAUAUAUUUAAGAAAUAAUAAAAAUAUAUAUGAUGAUGAAAUAAAAACAUAUUGUAAUGGAAAUAUUAUAAUGCAUACUAAUAUUUUCGAUAGUAUUAUUAAUAAGAAAAUUAAAAAAGAAAAUGAUGAAGAAAAUGAAGAAAAUGAAUUAUGUGAUGAUAAUAACUGUGAUAAAAAUUAUCAUAUGAAAAAACAAUUUACAUGUUGUUAUUUCUGUUAUAAAGAAAUAACACAAUAUCUAGUACAUAAAGAAAAAUUAUUUGAGGAAAAUCAUAAUUGUAAUGAUUUAUGUAGAAAUGACAUAUUCUGUUUUACAUAUAUUAGUAAAAACUUAUUUUUAUUCAAUCAUACAAAUGAUAAAUUAAAUUUAUAUUUAUAUAUAAAAAAAAUUAUCAAUUCAUAUAGAUCAUAUUUUCAUAACAAAUUUCAAGAACAUGAUUGUGUUUGUAAUAAUAUUUUAAAAAAGGAUCAAGAAAAUAUAUAUUACUUAAAUAAGUUUAUGGUCAAAGUUAUAGAUGAUAUAUGUGAAAUGUUGCAUAAAAAAAGAUAUAUUGAUGUUUUACAAAAUUUUCUAAAAAAUUUUAAGUAUGUUUGGUCUUUAAAUAAUGAAUUAUUUCCAGAAAUCUUUGAACGAAUAUUAAUCAAAUACAAUAUAAAUCAUAUGACCACCUAA